UGUGUGUACCAGCUAGUGUGUGUGUGUGUGUGUGUGUGUGUGUACGUAUAUGUAUGUAUGUGUGUUUGUGUUUGUGCGUAGUUCUCAUUUUGCCAUCGAGGGGAGGGGGUGACAUCCAGCUAGACCGGGGCCUCCCUUUUCUGUCCGUCAUUGUCCCGAUUUCCUGAUCUGUCGCGACCGAAGCAGGCUCGAGGGCUCCCUAUCGCGGUGGGCGUGGCAUGGUGCUAGUGCGUGGCGCAUGCCUCACAGUGUGUUGGUCAUGGAACCCAGUGACAGUAGCAGCAGUGCUAUGGAGGAACCAGCCAGCUUGGAGGUACUGGUGAAGACCUUGGAUUCCCAGACUCGAACCUUCACUGUGGGGGCUGAGAUGACAGUGAAGGAAUUUAAGGAGCAUAUUGCUGCCUCAGUCAGCAUCCCUUCUGAGAAACAGAGACUCAUAUAUCAGGGCCGAGUUCUGCAGGAUGAGAAGAAGCUACAGGAAUACAAUGUUGGGGGAAAGGUGAUCCACCUAGUGGAGCGGGCCCCUCCACAGACCCAGCCUCCAUCUUCUGGGGUUGCCUUGGGGGCAGGAUCUCCCUCAGCUACCCAUGGUGGGGGGCCCCCAUCUGGUCCUCGAGGUCCUGGUGCACCUGUCCACGACAGGAAUGCUAACAGUUAUGUCAUGGUUGGGACCUUCAAUCUCCCUAGCGACGGCUCUGCUGUGGAUGUUCAUAUAAACAUGGAACAGGCGCCAAUCCAGAGUGAGCCUCGUGUUCGACUGGUUAUGGCCCAGCACAUGCUGAGAGAUAUACAGGCUGUGCUAUCCCGUUUGGAGGGCCGAGCCAAUGGAGGGCAGCUUCAGCAGCAGCAGGCACCACCACCUUCUGCUCCAGAGUCAUCGUCCUUAAGCUCAGAGACUCCUGAACCAGCAGAGGGUGAAGCUUCCUCUCGAGAGCCUAUGGAAGCGGGAGACCCAGAGGAAAGCACCCAGCCCCGGAGCCCUGAGCCCUCUCCUCCUGGCCCAGCCCCAGCUCCCAACCAUCCAUCCCCUUCGGAGUAUGUCGAAGUGCUUCAGGAGCUACAACGGGUAGAGAGCCGACUCCAACCCUUUCUACAGCGAUACCAUGAAAUACUGGGAUCUGCUGCCACCACUGACUACAACAAUAAUACCGAGGGGCGUGAAGAGGAUCAGCGAGUGAUCAAUUUGGUUGGAGAGAGCUUGCGAUUGCUGGGUAACACCUUUGUGGCAUUGUCUGACCUACGCUGCAACUUGGCAUGUGCCCCUCCUCGACACCUGCAUGUUGUCCGGCCGAUGUCUCAUUACACAGCUCCCAUGGUGCUGCAGCAGGCUGCUAUCCCCAUUCAGAUCAAUGUGGGGACAACUGUGACCAUGACUGGGAACGGGACCAGGCCACCCCCAACCCCUAGCUCAGAGGCACCGCCCUCUGCUCCUGGGCAGACUUCCCCUCCAGCGCCUUCUCCUACUACAGGGGAGCCUGCAGCUGAGGGGGCUCCUCCCCCAGGCCCAGCCCCACCCCCUGGACCUGGCCAUCCCAGAGUUAUCAGGAUUUCCCACCAGAGUGUAGAACCUGUCGUCAUGAUGCACAUGAACAUCCAGGAUUCUAGUUCACAGACAGGUAGUGUUCCCAGUGCCCCAACUGGUCCUUCAGGCCCUCCUGGUCAUGGCCAGGCCUUGGGCUCCACUCAUAUUCAGCUACCUUCCCUGCCUCCUGAGUUCAUGCAAGCUGUUGCUCACCAAAUCACUCAGCAGGCCAUGGCAGCAGCUGCUGCCUCUGCAGCUACAGGACAGCAAGUUCCAGGCUUUCCAUCAGCUCCUACAAGAGUGGUGAUUGCUCGGCCUACCCCUCCCCAGGCUCGACCCCCCCACCCUGGUGGGCCACCUGCCCCUGGAGUUGUGGGUCCAGGGUUGGGGCCAAAUGCAUCUCUGGCUCAGAUGGUGAGCGGACUGGUAGGACAGCUUCUCAUGCAGCCUGUGCUUGUGGCUCAGGGGGCCUCAGGCCUGGCUCCACCCUCUGCCCCAGCUACAGCCUCUGCAAGUGCUGGUACCACCAACACAGCCACCACUGCCGGACCGGCCCCAGGAGGACCUGCUCAGGCUCCACCACCACCUCCUCCCACUGAGCUUCAGUUCUCUCAGCUUCUGGGAAAUCUGUUGGGGCCUGGAGGGCCAGGAGUUGGAGGGGCCAGUGUAGGCUCUCCCACCAUCACUGUGGCCAUGCCAGGUGUCCCUGCCUUUCUCCAGGGCAUGACAGAUUUUCUUCAGGCAACCCAGACUGCUCCACCACCACCCCCUCCACCUCCACCACCUCCUCCUGCUCCAGAACAGGCACCCCCACCACCUGGGUCCCCUCCAGCAGGGCUGGGGGCACGAGGCCAAGGGGGAGUGGGACCUGAGAGCCUGCCUCCUGAGUUCUUCACUUCAGUGGUACAGGGUGUGCUGAGUUCCCUGCUAGGCUCUCUUGGAGCAAGGGCAGGUAGCAGUGAGAGCAUUGCAGCCUUUAUCCAGCGUCUUAGUGGCUCCAGCAACAUUUUUGAACCUGGGGCAGAUGGAGCCCUUGGGUUUUUUGGGGCAUUGCUCUCCCUCCUGUGCCAGAACUUCUCCAUGGUAGAUGUAGUGAUGCUUCUCCAUGGGCACUUUCAGCCGCUGCAGCGACUCCAGCCCCAGCUUCGGGGCUUCUUUCAUCAGCACUACCUGGGAGGCCGUGAGCCCACACCCCACAACAUCCGGAUGGCAACCCAUACACUGAUCACAGGAUUGGAGGAGUAUGUUCGAGAGAGCUUUGCCUCUGUGCAAGUACAACCAGGUGUCGACAUCACCAGGACAAAUCUAGAGUUUCUUCAGGAGCAGUUCAAUGGCAUUGCUUCCCAUGUACUGCACUGCACAGAUGGUGGGUUUGGGGCACGGCUGCUGGAGCUGUGUAACCAGGGGCUGUUUGAGUGUCUGGCCUUGAACCUGCAUUGCCUCGGGGGACAGCAGAGUGCACUCACUGAUGUCAUCAAUGGCAGAAUUCGCCGGAUGUCUGGAGGCGUGAACCCAUCCCUGGUGAGUUGGCUGACAACCAUGAUGGGACUUCGACUGCAGGUUGUGUUGGAGCACAUGCCUGUGGGGCCUGAUGCUGUCCUGAGAUAUGUUCGAAGAAUUGGUGAUCCCUCCCAGCCAGUUCUUGAGGAACCAAUGGAAAUCCAAGGAGCGGAAAGAACUCCUGAACCCCAGCGGGAGAAUGCCUCUCCAGCCCCUGGCACCACUGCAGAGGAGGCCAUGUCUCGAGGACCACCUCCUGCUCCUGAGGGUACCUCUCAGGAGGAACAGGAUGGAGCUACAGCUGAGACAGAGCCCUGGGCUGCUGCUGUUCCUCCAGAAUGGGUUCCAAUUAUCCAGCAGGAUAUCCAGAGCCAGAGAAAGGUGAAACCACAGCCUCCCCUGAGCGAUGCCUACCUCAGCGGCAUGCCCGCCAAGAGACGGAAGACGAUGCAGGGCGAGGGCCCUCAGCUGCUGCUUUCAGAGGCUGUGAGCAGGGCAGCCAAGGCAGCUGGAGCCCGACCUCUGACUAGCUCGGAGAGCCUGAGUCAUGACCUGGAGGCACCAGAGGUUCAGGAGAGCUACAGGCAGCAGCUCCGUUCUGACAUCCAAAAACGACUUCAGGAUGACCCCAACUACAGCCCCCAGCGCUUCCCCAAUGCCCACAGGGCCUUUGCUGAUGACCCUUAGAUUCCUGCUUCAUGGCCAUCCCUUACCAUCUUCUCCCAGGGACCUCUCUUUUCCCCCUCCUAUUCACAGUAUUUAAGAAAUAAAGUCGGAUUUUCCUGGC